AUGCCCGGCCGUCGUCGCACCCGCAGCGGCCUCACCCAAAACAAACUCAAGCGGUACAUCAAGAAAUCUCUACCUUACACCCGCAAACUACGCUCCUCAGUACCAAUGGAAUACGACCCCGAUACCCAGCGCAUCCGCGCCCGCCUCGACAAUUACGGUAGUCCGCAGGAGAUCGCCGAGGAGGCUUACCGUGUCUGCCGCAAGAAUACGGAGUUGAGGAAAGAGUUGGAGAGCGUCAAGAAGAGUGUCGUAGUGCCUACACACCUCCCCGCUCCUUCCGCAAGUACAUCUACUACACCAACGUCGUCCUCAAACACCACCAUGGCCGACGCUAUCACCACCACCGCCGGUGCCGUCGGCUCCAACACCGCCCCCGACGCCACCGCCAAGGGCACCAUCAAGGCCCUCAAGAACCGGGUUGCGGUGAUGGAAGACGCCCUGAGUGAGUUGAGACGGGAAGCACCCAAGAUGCGCGAGUCCAUGGCGUGGAUGUGGGAGAUCAUCGGGGACAACCGCGUUCACGUCCCGAGGGACUUGAGAGAUAUGUACCAUGACAGUAUGACUGUCGAUGCUGUGGAUUGGAUGGGGGGUAAGAGGGGUGGUGGCGGCCGGAAGGAGAAGGGAUGGAAGCUGGAUGGGAAGAAUGGUGAUGGUGGUGGUGGGGAGAAGAAGGGUGGUGGUGAAAAGAAGUUUGAGGGUGGCCUGAAGGCCGAUAACGUCGUCGUGGGUCGCAAGCGCAAGGGCGCGAGUCCUCUUGCGGACUACAGCAAGAGGGCCAGGGUCGAGAGCGAGGACGAGGGUGAGCUGGACUACUAA